CUUCGUAACACUUCCGGUGCAACAACAUGUGUACUCAGGUAUACCUUUUUUUGGCUGUGAUCGUUUACGUUCGAGCACAAGUUCCUGCGCACAAAGUGGUGUCGUUAGGUUCUAUUGUUAUUGGUUACCAACCACCGCGUAGUAUGCGCAAUGUUAACCCGUACGCGAAAUUUGAUUCGGGAUCGACGCAGAGUUUCCGCACAUAUAACGACGUGCGAGCAUCCCAAACAUCGCGCGCUAUGGGCCGAGAUGGCUAUAUUUACGGCGGGGUCCAGGUGAAAACGCCCAAUGCACUCCACAGUUAUUAUCCAUCCAACCCCACUCAUACGAAAGAGCCUACGAGGUUCAAUUACCAGGCAUCGCAGAUGCGCGAUCAUUUCCUACCGUCGCAUGGGUACACUGUCAAUGUCCCGAAAAAUACGAAGCCCAAAACCUUCGCAGGGCCCGCCGUGCAUGACACUUACGAGGCCUUCAUUCACGCUGGGCAGAUUUGAUAGAACCCCCAUCGAAUGGGUUCCAUGCAGUUCGUGCACUAAAGGACUACCGAAGCAAAUAAUGUGUUCUAUAUGGGAGCAGCGGUAUAUCAACAUUAGCUUAGUGGAAAAAUGAACGUAGGAAGUAUUAUUUAUUAUAUGUAUGCACUAUUCAUAGGUAUGAUUACUGGAGAGACUAUCUCGUACUAUAUAUGCCUUCAUCGAAAAAUUAAAAUGAAAAAAUGACUGUAUAUUACACUUACAGCGUUCCGCUUUAGAAUUACUCUUGGUAUUAAUUAAAUAGUAUAAGUCACAGACUCCUCACAGCGGAAGCGUUAGAUCCGCUUUCGGAAUAUCAGCGAACACAAACAUCUAAUGUUUUAGCAAGCAACGGGUCUUCACUAAUAUUAUGAAGUUCGAGCAAGAAUCGUAGCUCGUUUUAGAGCUGCAAUUUCCCGAAGCUUAAUCGUUUAAUUGGUAAAUCUGGGCGGGAAAAACUUCUGCAAAUACCCGAGGUAGGAAGAACGUUUCUGGGUCGCCUUAACAAUUGCUGUACCAUUCAACAUACCAGUACGUCCUUGAUGACGUAUAUAGACGUAUAAAACCGACGGUUUGUACUAUAUCCGGUCGUAUUGGGCUUCCCAGGAAUUUAAGAAAAACUUGCAGGUUUCAAAGCAGAAUAGAAAUCAUUGUACUAAAGAGAAGAUCAUGGAAAUUGCGCCAAAAGGUCAUACAAUUUUGAGCUUAAACUAGCAGCUGUAAUCGAGAUGGGUGUAUGUAUAUCUGCAGCAGUAGUUUUCUAGAUUUUUCGGCUUUUGCAGUCUUUGGGCCUUGGAAAUUUUGGAACCUUUGACCUGAAAGUCCGCUAAAUGUACCUUGCGUGCUGAAGAAAAACUUCAUUGAGUGCACACGUAUGAGCAUUGUUUCAGGAGCUCCUCAGUAGUAAAAUCAAUCCCGAGUUUCGAGAAAGAUCGACCUAAGAGCUGUUUCAGCCUUUAACUGAAACUAAGUAAGUGGCCAUUAGAAUUAAUAAACUCAAAACAACAGCUAGUUUAUUGUUGCGCUAUGCCUCAAAAAAUGCUCAACUUGAAACCAACUUAGAGAAUUGUUACCUUUUGAAUACUCCAGCUAAUGAGCAACAUUAUUUAGAUAUUAUCCAAUUAAGCACUAAAUAACUCUGUUUAAGAAAUAAUAUCUAUUUCUCUAUAAGCCAAAUUAUACAUUAUUUACAUUACUAGCAGCUUGUUUAGUUGAAAUAUCUCGUUCACACACACACAACUGACAAUAGUUUAAAAUUAAAUUCUAAGCUUGUUGUGUGGCACAAAAUUCUAUAAUAAUAUUUAUAUCAAAUGUUUUUGACGAUGUACAGCAAAUGAACAAAUGAAAUGUUACUGUAAAAUGUAUCCAUUUAGUAGUUUUUUUUUAACUUUUUGUUAAAGAAAGAGAAAGAAGCUCUCUUUAUUUACCGUUGACACUGCACCUCUGUCUGAUCAUCUUUUCUAAGAUGUAUGUUGGGUCUUCACGAAGAACCUAGUGUGAUUCCUGAGCACUUCUCGUAAGUCCAUCUGGCACCGUGAUUUCAGUCAAGUACCAACUUCGAUGUAUGGGGCUCACCUCACUUAAUGACAGCACUGUGAACUGUCCGUGAUUUCGAAAGGACCUAACUACUGCUACAGAACAGAUUGUCCUUGUGAAUCAGACAGGCCUGCUUGCGACUGACCAUUAGAAGUUAGUUCGAAGUUAGGUUAGCUCAUUUGAACGAACUGUAACAGUUUAUGCAUACCUAGUUCCUUUUCUACAGUUAAAUGUAGUGUGUGUACUUUUUGCAUAUCUAUAUUCUUUUACCGGAUAAAUCCACAUUUAUUGUCGUUUGUUACAUAUUUGCCGUGUUGAUCAAGUCCCAAAUACGAAGCAUCAUCGUUGUAUAUUUGUGCGCAUGUAGAAAGGUUUACAAGUGAUCAUGGGAAAAGCGGCGUGUGCUAUAUUCUUUACUAUACAUUUAGACAAACAUUCAUAUAAGCAAUGAACCCAAUUGUCUUAUGAAUGGCGCUACAUUCGGCAGUGGCGCUAAAGUCUAGAUGUUUUGACUCGUCCUGGGACCUUCCCCAGCGACCUCACAUAUUACAUUAGUUCGAUGUAAAAUUCAAAACUAAACUGUAAUAACUCGUAUAAUAAAUAAAGUCUUUUGAUUACUUUCUCCAAUUCUUUU